UUUAAGGUCGGCUGGCCUCCGCCCUUUUCUUGAUUAGCGCAUAUGCGGUCCCUGUCUAGAUCGACGAUGGAAGGGAGAAAGCUCUCUUCUUUUUGGCCAUCUUUUGGAAUAUAAUAAAUUCCAUUAUUCUCUCUCCAGACAGCCUUCUAUUUCAAGUCACACUCUGUCCUGGUUUUAUCUCACGCGGACAUGGAAGCUUGAUCGCCUCCUCUCUCUCUUUCUCUCUCUCUCUGCCGGAGACUUCUCAGAAGGGCUGCUUCUUUCCUGCAGCGUACGUCUGUCGUUUCCAGAAACCAGUAGCUGUUUCUUCUGUGCUUUUCCUUUUUGGGUUUGUGAAGUUCUUGAAGAAUGGUCUGGUUAGGAUCGUGGUGCUGAACAUCUUCUGAAGUGCUGUCGGUGGCCUGAGGUUCUUGCGGGUUUCGGUUCUUGGGGGAGCUUUGAUUCUUGAUUUUGCUUGCUGAUAUUUGUGGCGUUUCUCUUUCAUUUGGAAGUCCAUAUGUGAAUCCACUGUCUGAACGGGAGAAGAAAAAAAAUCUAAUCUUCAUCUUGUCCUCUUGCCACCUUCUCCCUUUACACACUUCGCCGCUUCACAUCGCGACUUGAGGGAAGCUCGCCGCUUUCUUGCCGAAUCCUCCCAAAACCCUCUUCAUACGCUCCAAUCCCAAAUCCUCUCCUCUUCAGCUGAACCUAGCCGGGCCAAGAUUCAGCUCCGCACAUACCCUUUGAGCUCUAGCUCGCAGAUUCACUCUCAAAAUCGAGUCUUUUCGGCCUCAGAACCGCCUAUUUCGACCAUUUUCGGUGCCCAGAGCUCUCGUGACUUGAACCCUUUUUUGGAUAAGCCUCGCUUGAGAAGGAGGUGAGAAAAAUGCAGCAGGACCCGUCAUCGCUAUUUCAGCCCACGACGAGGCCUCAAUUCCCGGAGCAAGAGCAGCUGAAAUGCCCGCGCUGCGAUUCCACCAACACCAAGUUCUGCUACUACAACAACUACAACCUCUCCCAGCCGCGCCACUUCUGCAAGAGCUGCCGCCGCUACUGGACCAAAGGCGGCGCCCUCCGCAACAUCCCCGUCGGCGGCGGCACCCGGAAGACCGCCAAGCGGGCCUCCUCCAAGUCCAAGCGCCACAAUGCCGGGUCUGGUUCAGACGCGGGCGCGGACCACCCGCAAGCCCCUGGGUCGAGCCAGGCCCACAGCCGGACCACCGAAGAGGCGUCGCAAUCUCCGCCGCCAGGCUUCGUCGGGCCGACGUUGGAUCUGGAUCCGGCCCGGUUUUACGGCUCGCCAUCCGACCUGGAAAGGAGGAUGCUUGAUGUGAACGGAUCCUUCAGCUCCCUCCUGGGGACGAGCGGGCCAUUCUUGAGCAUCUUGGAGGGUCCGAAUUUGAACGCCUCGGGAGCGAGCAGCAUGGUGCGGUUCGGGGGCCUCGGGGACGAAGUGAAACCGGGUCAUGGCCACGUCCCGGGGUCGGCUCGCGAGCCGGGCGCAGCGGCGGACGGGGCCGAGAAUUUCAUGGACAUCCAGAACGGGGAUGCGGGUUGCUGGACAGGCGGGAGCGGAUGGCCCGACCUCGCCAUCUAUACCCCGGGUUCGAGUUUUCACCGAUAGAGAGAGAUAGAGAGAUUACUACUAAAAUUUGGUCGAUUGUCUAUUCCUUCCGUUUUCCUAUCUCUUCCCUCAUUUAUCUUCACGGUGACGAGUUUCCUGGCAUCGGAAUGUAGAUGAGAAAGCGGAAGAAGGUACAUUACACACCUUAGUAUAUACCGCUAAAACAUAUGAUCAUAGGUAUGCUUUUGGUCUUGGAUUAUGUUGUAGCCCCUCUUGUGCUGGAUCUAUGUUGUCCCCACGACUUACUUAUGUGACUGAAUUUACAAACUACAGUAGGCUUUGUGAUAUAGGGUGUGCUUUGCACUUGUAGUGUUCGACUUUUUUACCAAGAAGAAGAAGUGAUGUUGAAUCCAUUGCGCAAGAGAGAGGAAGGAAUGCAAGCAUUUUGGCAUUUUGCUUCUGUGCUUUUUCUUUGGGAGUUCUGCAAGUCAUUCUUACAAUGUGGGGGGUGAUGAUUUGAGAUGAUGAGGGCAUGUUCUGACUGAGAUGAUGAGGUGGGACUGGGAGUGGGUGAAAGAUAUGGGAAGUGGGGGGGCAACAGGAGUCUCUUGGUUUCUGGUUGAAUGGAUUUUGCGGUUUGUCUUGUAAAGCAUGGACAAAGAACUGGUUGUGAUCUCAUUGGAUAUUAUUUUAUUGCCGGAAGUUUCUAUCUU